AAAGAAGACCGAUAGUUUUUUUAUAGCCUUGUUUGAGUUUCUGUGGGGGAAAGACAUGUUUUGCGGAGGAAAAGUAAAGUGUGAGUCCGGACCGCGCAGUCGUCAAAGCCGACAGCCAAGGGAUGUUACCGAGAGUUGUGCCAGCCUCCUCAUCAGCACAAUAGGACCAUAAAUCUUUCUGUGGCGAGGGGGAAAAAGCUCUGUUUGGCCUGCAUUACAGAGGAAAGGAGAACAGGGGAGAAGGAAAAGAAGAGGAAGACAACAAAAGGAGUGCCUUAGGAGUGAAAGAGAGGAGCGCAACAAAAUCUGCACUUUGUGAACAGUGAAGAAGAGAUGAGACCACUAAAGAAGCACAGAGGGCGUUCACCCCCGUUAACGAGAGGCAGAGGGGGGAAAAGGAGAGGAGGCUCACAGCCCCCCCAAGAGAAAGACCCCAAAAGAGUCAAGAGAGAGACGCUCGUCAAAACCACACAGCAUACACCCAACACCCCCGCACGCAAACAGACCCCGCCAACAGCCCUGAACACUAACGAAGAACCAAUCACAAAUAGCAAUACCCCCAGGGGGGAGGAGUCUACUGAGCUGAGGAAACCUGUGGAGUCAGGAGAGAAAAUAGCACAGAAGGCAGAAGAAAAGACAGAAAUGGAGAAGAUAGUUGGCACGAACGGAAAUAAUCUUUUGGCCAUUAAUACUGUAGCAUUUCCUCCCUCUGCCCCGACGCCACUCUCCACAGCCACGCCACCCCCGGCCACCAAUGACGUCCCCAGUUCAGGCUCAGUCUCUAGCAGGAAAACAGCCACAUUCAAGGCUCGUGUACCCAAGAAAAAAUACACAUAUGAGCACUUUGCUAACAAUGCCCUAACCACCAUUACUACCUCCAGCCCUGCACUCAUACACAACAGUUACUGCAAUAUUAAUAACAACAUCAGUAGUAUUGUUAAUACACCCAAUAAUAAUUCCAAGAACAAUAUAACAAAUAGCAUUUAUAAAAGCAUCAAUAGCACCAAGAGUAACACUACAAGUGGUAUUAACAACAUGACCAACAGUUGUGCUGGGAGCCAUACUUUUAUCAAUAGCAGUAAUAGUAGAAGUAAUAAUUGCUCAGGUAAUCAGCCAUCAGUGCUAACUGUGGACAGUAAAGCUACAGAAGCAAACCAUUUUGUUUCCACGGAGGACAAAGCCCUCAGGACAGCAGAUGCCCAGGAAAAAGAUUCCCUAGCUGGGGAAAAUGAGUCAGAGGGCGCCCCUCACUCUGCGCGCUCCUCGUCCACCGACACAGCCAGCGAGCACUCCGCUGACCUGGACGCGAUGGAAGCAACAGGACCAAACCUUCAUCAAAAACACUCCCACUACCCUGCUCCUCUGCAUAACUCGCACCAUAAAGAGGCCAGUCUGUCAGAGGGACUCGCUGAAGCUCUGGCCAAAGGCAUGAAGAACCAGAGAGUUCUUGCUCGCCGACCAAAGAGGAGAAUGAACAGUGGGGGUGCAGUGGACCGAGGGGGUAAGGGUCACUCAUUGACUUUAUCACCUGUGUUCAGGCCAGGGGUGGUGCGUAGUGUGAGUGGAGAAACAGUGGAAGUGCAGCUCCAAGGAGAGGAGAGCCAUGUUAAAUACCCUUUCCACGGUGGGACUGUAAUGGCAUCGCCUUCAGGGGCUGAGAGCACUGUUGAGUUCAUUUUGGAUGCCCCCCCACCCGGCCUGGCACCUGUGGCUGUCAGGACCCAAGUAUGCGUGCCCUUUGGGGGGGAUGAGGGGGGUCCUCUGCUGUACAGGGAGGGGGUUGUCAUUCAGGUGGACCCCCACCCCGGUGUGUCAUUCCCUUACCAGGUGCUCCUGAGUGAAGAUGCAGAAACUGUGGUGGAAGACAAAGAGGGGAGGAAAGCUCUGGCUGUAUGGGUGUCCCGACAAAGUCUGAGGCUCCUCACCCCUCCCUGGGAGGUCCAACACCUUGAUGGAGGGAGGGCCAAGGAGAGAGAGCGGGAGAGGGAAAGGGAGGAGAGGGAGCGGAGGGAAGAGAUGGAGGUCGAGAGGGAAGUGUGCCAGUUGAGUAUUGGGAUGGGGGUGCUGGGAGGGGGAGCAAGGUUGGGCCAUGGUUUCUCACAUGAAGGUGUUGCAGGAGGGCAUCCCUAUGGUAACGCACUCCCACCCUCCCACUCCUCCACUGUAUCGUCUAGCGUCGCCGUCAGCACAGUUCAUGGAGAAAACUCCCCCGGCAGAGAGAGAGAAAAGCAGCCCAACACUCCAGAAGAGGACGUGGAGGUGUCCCGCUUUAACACUGCUGUCCCUAAGACAAACGACGGCCCCUCUCAGCACCGAAACAUCAUCUCCAAGUCCAGUCAUUACCCCCCCUCCUCACCCCACCUCUCUGUGAUGCAAGGCCUGGGACCCCCUUACCCCUCCACCCUCACCAGCCCACAGCCACCCCAUUCCCCUGCCUUAUUGAUCUCUGAAACGAGCCCUACCACACCUAACCUACCUCCAUCAAAGACCACUCCCACUCAGACCCCUACUCCCACUUCUGGCGUGGGGUCCUCCUCUACCUCCUCUCGCUCCAGGACCCCCCUCUCAUUGGCUCAGCAGAAAUACAAGAAGGGCGAUGUGGUGUGCACCCCCAACGGGAUCCGUAAGAAGUUCAACGGGAAGCAGUGGAGGAGGCUGUGCUCCAGGGAGGGAUGCAUGAAGGAGUCCCAGCGUCGGGGCUACUGCUCCAGACACCUGUCCAUGAGGACCAAAGAGAUGGAGGGAGGAGGGGGGGGUGGAGCUGGGGGAGGCAGCAGCUCAGGGACAGUCACCCCUGACCUGCGGGGGAGAGCCAGCAGUGAGUUUGAGUGGGACGACACCUCAAGAGAGAGCAGCGAGGCGAGUAGCAGGGGAGACUCCAGACCCCGCUUAGUUCUCCCGUCCAUCCUCCCCCAUGACCUCUCCUCCCGCUUUGACUUUGAUGAGUGUGAGGCCGCCACCAUGUUAGUGUCUUUAGGGAGCUCUCGUUCAGGCACCCCCUCUUUUUCUCCCAUCUCCAACCAGUCGCCCUUCUCCCCUGCCCCUUCUCCCUCACCCUCCCCACUGUUUGGCUUCAGGCCGGCCAACUUCUCCCCGAUUACCGCCUCCCCCAUCCUGCAGCACCGUAGGCACAGACAGCCCAGCGGGACAGGGGGAGGAGGAGGAGCAGGGGGGAGUAAGGUAUCAGCUGGAGGAGGAGAAAGGGAGAGACACACUUCGGGCAUCCAGCCCUCCUUCCACAGCAACCUGAUGUUUACGGUCCCCAUGAGCCCCAGCAAACGAAAACCUGAUGCGCCUCCCCCGCCUCCCCUCCCUUCACACCACCAUGAUUACACACCUAAGACGGAGCUGGAGCCGGGGGACCUCAACAGCUCCUUCAGGGUCCUGUCUCCUCACACCCAGGCAUCCCGCACACACACACCCACCUUUUCCCGACCCAGAGGAGUAACCACCCCCUCCAGCAGGCCACCGUCCUCCACUAAUGUCUCCCCUCCUCCUCUGCUGGUGUCCCCAACCCCUCCUUCUCCGCUCACACCAGACGGAGGGCCCCGUCGUGUGGUCCCUGUAUCCCAGCAGGCCUUGCGGGACUCCCCUGUCAUUGUGAGGAAUCCCGAAGUCCCACUGGCCAAAUUUACAGAGUGUCCCCUAGGAAGAGGAGGGGGAGGUGGAAACGAGGGAGGGGGAGAUAAAAGUUCAACUAAAGACCUCACACCCCUCGCCCCUCAGUCAAUUCAGGGCCUCCAGGUUCCUGUUCCCAUUAACGCCGCUGCAGCCACAGUACCCAAUGGCACAAUCCUGCUGCGGAGCCCGUCCCAAACUCUGGUGCUCGUGUCCCCGACUCCCUCUUCCUUGCCCACCGCUGACACCCCCGCCGCCCCCCUGCAGGCCCUGUCAGUUACCGUUAGCACAACAGUCACAGCUCCAGCCCCGAGUAGUACGGACACCACUGCAGAGGAGACCAGGGUGACCGGGUUUGGGGGUGAGGUCCAGCAGCCGGUCCCCUGUCACCCCUCUCCCACCGCUCUGCUGCCCCUGAUCCUCCCUGCCGAAAACCUUCACCCAGCCCCACGGAAGGACAUCAUCAUGGGACGUCCCGGCACAGUGUGGACCAACGUAGAGCCCCGGUCAGUUCCAGUCUUCCCCUGGCAUUCAUUGGUCCCCUUCCUGGCACCAACCCAAUCAGAUGCUUCUUCUCAGCCAGGAGAGGGCCAGCACCCUGUCAACCACCCCCAAGCAGCCAGUCUGAAGACAGAGUGUCAGGGGGUGGCAGCGCUGUCACAAGAGCCUGCAGAGGCACCUCCCAUGGUAGAGAGAGGUGCUCCAUCCCGGCCUCCCCCCUCUUCUGAUGAGCCGCCUCCAGAGAAGGAGAAAGGCGAUGCAGAGAGGGAGAGGCCAGACAGCGAAACAGAGAGUGACGUGGAUGACCCCUUUCUCCCAGGCGUUGUACCAGAGCCUCCCCUCUCUAUAUCACCAGUGAAGAGACGCACUCAGUCCCUCAGUGCGCUGCCCAAAGAUGGAGAUAAGAGCAGCCCUGGAAAGAGGGAGAAGGACCACAUCCGGCGACCAAUGAAUGCAUUUAUGAUUUUCAGUAAGCGCCAUCGAGCAUUGGUGCACCAGCGGCACCCAAACCAGGACAACAGGACAGUCAGCAAGAUUCUUGGGGAGUGGUGGUAUGCCCUGGGACCCAAAGAGAAGCAAAAGUACCAUGAUUUGGCCUUCCAGGUCAAAGAGGCCCACUUUAAGGCCCACCCGGACUGGAAGUGGUGCAACAAAGACAGGAAGAAGUCCAGCUCUGAUGGCCGUGGGGUCCCGGGGGGGAAAGACAUCAGAGAGAGGAGCAUGUCUGAGUCAACAGAGCCCCAUUCUGUGGAGAUGAAGGGGGUUGGGCCUGGCCUGGUGGGUGUUUCUGAAAGAAGCACAGCAGAAGGUCAUGUGGGCCAGCUCACCCGUCCCCGGGCCUUCUCUCAAAGCGCCGUGCACAGCCUGGAGCGCAGCGACCGGGGGAAUACACAGGCUCUGGCUGAACUGGCACAGAUGUGUGGGGAUGGUGGCAGUCAGUAUCCGAGUCAUGCCCCGCCCCUGUCUCAGUCCCAGCGGGGGGUCAGCGACGACAUGACCAGUGAUGAGGAGCGCAUGGUAAUCUGUGAGGAGGAGGGCGAUGACGAUGUCAUUGAGGACCCUUAUCCUAGCAGCUCCAUAGACCUCAAGUGUAAGGAGCGGGUGACUGACAGCGAUAGUGAGAACGGUUCUGGAGACGAAAGUGAUCGGAAGAGGGUUUUCGCUCCAGUCAUCUGCUCCUCCUCGUCCUCACAUCAUACCCCGCAUGGCAGGAGUGUCUCACUCUCCUCUUACCCCAGCAGUAAGCGUUAUGAAGAGGGGCGAUCAGGAGGGGGAGGGUUUUCAGAUCACAGGAGGAAGGACAGAGGAGGGGGUAAGGACACAUUUGGGGGAGAAGGAGGAGGAGGAGGAGUGCAAGCCACAUCUCUCUCCUUCACUUCUGGCCAAUCAGUCAUCACCACUUCUUCAGCUGGAGGCCAUCCUCCCUCCUCUGUCGGAUCACUGGGCGGGAACCCUCUCCCGGGCAUGGGCGCUGUGAGGGUGGCGUCCACGGUGGUGACCAAUGUGAUGCGUCCUGUGAUCAGCACACCACUCCCCAUCGCCAGCAAAUCCAGAGACGGAGGCACAUCGUCCAGCCCACAUCCGCCAGAGAGGAAGUCCCUGACUCCCCAGCAGCAGCCGCACUUUCUGAUUGGUUCAGGAACGGGAGGCGGUUUGCCAGUCACAGGGGGUGGGUACUACUCUUCAUCAUCACCUAAUCCUUUAGGUGCAGGCCCUGGUGGUGUCGUGACUAAUUUGGUGUUAGGAGGGGCCCUGUCUGCUCAGCCUGCUGUACAGCUCAUCGCCCCCUCCCACCACCCUCAGCCCCCGCAGCAUCAGCAAGCCUUCCCCGCCUCCGCUGUGUCAGUGUCUCAUAGCCAAACCAACGGGCCCCUGCCUCUGUCCCUGCUUCAGCCUCAGUUCCUUCCCGCCUCUUCCCUAGCUUCACACGGGGGUAAGGGCAUCACACAAGUUCAGUACAUCCUGCCCACCCUACCUGCCAACACCCACCCCAAGAGUCCUCCUCAGCCGCUCAGCCAGCCAACCAGUAUCUUCAACCUGCCCACAGCUCCACCCACACACAUGUCCCUGGCCAAUGGGAAGCAGCAGGGGACCGGAUACACGUCCAGCUCAGCAGUGGGAGUGGUCAGCCCGGGGUCUAGAGUGCAAACACAAUCUCCAGUGCUCCAGGGCAAAAUGCUUGUUCCCAUGGCAACAGUACGGACUGCGCCAGCCACUGCCCAGCAGUUUCCCAUCGUGGCUCCACCUCUUCCUGUCCAGAACGGCGCUCAGACGGGAAGCAAGAUCAUCCAGAUAGCUCCCAUGCCUGUGGUCCAGUCCCAGCUGCCUCAGGGCGGAGCGGUCCAUCCUGCCAGCCCCUUCCCUGUCACAGUGGGCACAGCUGCUGUGGUGGCUCCAGGAUCAGCCCCCUCCCAGGCGUUACUCAUGCCACCUGCUCCUACCAGGAUCACCUAUGUCCAGUCCACUCCAGGGGUCCCAUCCACUCUGGUCUCCACGACAACAGGCUCUUCCACCACCCAGCAAGCGCUGCCGGUGCCUGGAUCUGCGUAUGUGCCAUCGCCCCUGGCAACACUGGGGUUCACCGCCAUCGCACCUCCUGGACAGACGCUGGUGCAGCCGCUGAUCGCAGGUCAGCCUCCACUCCUGGCCCCCGCUCAGUGUCCUCAGCCCUGCACCUCAGCACCUGUCUCGGGCUCCGGGGCCCAGAUAGUCACCGCCAUUUACCCUCCUCCUUCACCAAGCGUCACCAUGGCAACAGGGAUGGUCUCCAUGACAGCCGUGCCCCCCAGCGUGGUCUACUCUGUCUCCAGCCCCUCCAGUGCUUCCCCUCACAUCCUGUCCAAACACACAGCAACCACCGCCACAGUCACGCACACACACCAACAUCCAGACAGACACCUGCCUGCAGACAGACAGGCCGACAGACAGGCUGACAGACACACAGAGAUGCUGAUGCUUUCAGAAAGACAUGCGGAGAGGCAGACCUCCAGCAGCAGCAGCUCAGCGGCCCCCCCCAGUGGCUCAGCUGUGAGGCCCUGCAGUCCUCCUCUUCAGAGCCAAACCCCGGGCAGUGCACCGGGAACACCCAAACUGAUACAGCUCCCCGUCAGGACCCCCCAGAAGGUGAAGGCGACUGUGGCGAACAUCCCCGUGGGCAGCUACGAAGGAGGAGGCCGGGGGAAGGAGAGAGAGAGGGAGAAAGACAGGGAGAGGGGGAGAGACAGGGAACGGGAGAGGGAGAAAGAAAGGGAGAGAGAAGCUGCCGCCUCGAGUCGUUUCUCGUUUGACGCUGAGCUGCUGGGGCAGACGGCGUCUCCGUCAACACAUCCCACUGAGGAGCCCCCGCCCUCAGACAGACCCCAGGAGGGCUCCAGCGCUGCAGACCCCUCCGACACACGACACCGAGAGAGCACAAACUCAGAGGCUGGAUGGAAGGAGUCUCUCCCCUCCUCACCUCUGCCUCCUCCAGCCACUGAACCGCCUCCGCCUCCCCCACCCACUGACAAAGAGGGUCCUACUCCCAAAAAAGUCAAAAUCCGCCCUCCACCCCUCAAGAAGACUUUUGACUCGGUGGACAAGUCCGGCAGGGUGCUGUCGGAGGUUUACUUCGAGGAGCGCUUUGCGGAGCUGCCGGAGUUUCGUCCUGAGGAGGUUUUACCCUCCCCCACCCUGCAGAGCCUGGCCACCUCCCCCCGCGCCAUCCUGGGCAGCUACCGGCGCAAGAGGAAGAACUCCACAGAUCUGGACUCGGCCACUGACGAGCAAGUCUCUCCAAAGAGAAAGAGCCGGCGGCGCUCGAGCUGCAGCUCUGAGCCAAACACGCCGAAAAGUGCCGCCAAGUGUGAGGGAGACAUCUUCACCUUCGACAGAGCAGCCACAGACGGAGAAGACAUCCUGACAGAUCUGGAGUUCGAUAAGGUGCCGUACUCCUCCCUGAGGAGAACCCUGGACCAGAGGAGAGCGCUGGUCAUGCAGCUGUUCCAGGAGCAGGGCUUCUUUCCAUCAGCUCAGGCCACAGCAGCUUUCCAGACCCGAUACUCCGACAUAUUCCCCACCAAGGUGUGUCUGCAGCUGAAGAUCAGGGAGGUGCGGCAGAAGAUCAUGCAGACUGCCGCCCCCUCCGACGUCUCCGCUCUAGGGAUCCCGGACUCUCUCGGCCCCCUCCCCGGGCCCUCCGGCUCCCAGGCAGGAGAAGGGUCUCUGCGGGGGGGCGGGGACCUGCAGGACGACGACAUGGAAGGGGGGGCGGAGGGGAGCCCUGAGGACUCUCGAGAUUCACACGACUUUUCCAGAUGAGGGAAGCUGACAGAUUAGACCAAUCAGUGACCGGUGACGUCGCUCACUCCCUCCCCCCCACCCACCACGCUUUUUAUCAUUUUGAAUUCUUUUAAAUCUCACCCUCCUGCGGUCCGAUCAUUAUUUCUUUCUCUGAGAUUGUUUGGUAAUGUGUCUUAUACCAAAAGAGGAAACUGGCACAAAAGCACACACAUACUGAAAACACACACACACACACACACACACACACUCUUUAUUCCCACACUUUAUACACCACCUUUGAGAAAGUUGCCAGUGAACGAAGGACCGUUGUGUACAGCUGCACUCUUUGCCUUGAAGAAGAAAAGGGUUUGUGUUUCGGCCGGGGAGCUAAACCCCGCUCUGAGACGCUGAAAGUCAGGCGUUUGAAAACACGGACGUUAUAUGUUUUGAUAUUUGUUUUUAACAGAGCAGUGAGUAUCUGCUUGCGGAGCAACAUGUAUUUAGAUUCUCUGUCAGCGUGUGUGUUUUGGUUCCUGCUGACAUUAGGGGGCUGGGCCCUCAACAGCCGGACACUAUUUGAUUGAGAAACAUUACCGCGGACCUGGAGAGAGAUCUCCGUUUUAUUGCAGACCUUCAGGGGAGGUCUAACCGGAGGGACUGAAACAAACUGACUGAAACUCAUGUGGACACGUGCCAUCAUUCCUCCAAUUUCCUGUCUGGCCGAGUCCUCCCUUCUAGCGUCAGACACCAGCACAUGGCGGUGGCGGAGCAUUCCUGUGCCUCUCGUGAAGGAAGGAGGUGGGUGGGAGUUAUCGGGCACAUCCUGGCUCUUAGUUGUAAAGGUCUGGCCUUAAUCCUCUGUUGCCAAGCAGUUUUAUUAACUUUUUUAAAGUAAUUUGUAUUUAACAUGGUCAUAUUCAGUUUGCUGUUGUACUCUUCCUAUGGUUAUUAUUAUUACUCUUUAUAUCAUUGCAGUGACCCGGUUCUUGGUUCUGAUGUUCCCUUUAUCUGAUUUCUUGUAUUAGUUUUAUAAUUUGGGAGGCAGGUGAGAGAAGCUGCUGCACACUUCUUCCUUUGUAGUCUUCCCUUCACCGGCCUCUCGCCUCAGCAUGGAGCUGCGGUGCAGUGUUUUCUUCAAUGUGCAUUUCAAAGAGGAAUAACGUGGACUUCUUAAUUCUUUCAAACAUAAUAACGGUAUGUUUUAGCCCUUCGCAUUGUUUGAUCUAUAGCCUCAACACCUUCCUCCACCCCUUUCCUUCCCUCCUUCCUCCCUUUGUCACUUUAUUGCUCUCUCCAGACCUUUUUAAGACAGGCGGAGGGAAAACUGGAGGAAGAGAGGGGGGGUGAUGAAUCAAAGAGAGCGGGUGGGAUCUAAUAAUGGUUGUGUCUUUGUGUAAGACUUGGUUGUGUUGUAAAUACUUACUGUAGAGUCAGCAGACUCGUUAUAUUAAUAAGGAAAAAUCCCUCAUUGACUUUAAGACACGCAUUACAGAAGGUAAAACACAAGAAAUGGAAAAAAAAACAAAUAAUAAAUAUGGCUAUCAAUGUGUUUGUGUUCUACUCCUUGUGUUGCUGUUCAGGUAUCCAGAGGAGAGGAAUUUAUAUGAAUACUUUGUAUCUGUAUCUUUCAGUAUGCAAAUAAAAAUAGGUGUUCAAUUAAA